AUGGCAGAUCCACUCUCAGUUGCCGGUCUCGUAACUGGCGUGAUAUCCCUCGGGCUCCAAGUCGCUGGAAGGUUGAUCAACUACUUGGACGCCGUGACAGGGCGAUCAGAAGAUCUAAUAUCGGCUAAACAAGGAGCUACAGAGAUGAGAGAGCUAUUGUUGGCGAUUCGAGAUCUUUUGCCACAGUUAGAGAGCAAUUGGCCUGCACCUGCGACCACAGUCAAACGCCAGGUAAAAUCUUGCAACGAUGAACUAGGCGCUCUCCACGCGCUCUUGUCAGAGCUGUCCCAACCAGUCCCAUCCAGCUCCGGCUUGCGACAUAAAUUCGAAACCACCAAGAAGAAGCUAUCCUACCCUUUCGAGCGAUCCCGUAUCAUCCACCUCGAAAACCGACUUGCCAAAGUCAACAGUUCCCUUCAGACGGCCCUGCAAGUUACGGAACUGAACAUCGCCAUCACUUCAGCGAACCAGUUACGGGAAGUCCAUAGUCUAGUUGUUUCCCUGUCUCGGUCGCAGACUAGCCUACAAACGCACAGUAUAGGGGCUUCCGUAUCUUUAACGGCACCUCGCGAGAUUCCGGGGGCAGCAAACAGGGGACCCUCAGUGCCUUUAGAUUCAAUCGAAAAUGCAAUGUUGCUAGCUUCUAAACCAAGCCUUCUCUCGAGCUCAAUUAAAGCAUUUGAGAAACUCGAUGCCAUACAAUCCACCCGCCCUGGUUUAUCUCAGGCCUGCUUAUGUCGACCCUACCGAAGGACAGCGCAUCAUAGCCAGCACUGGGGACACCUCUCAUUUGUGUAUCAGGUGUCGCGCACCAAAAGACAUCUGCCUGGUUGUCCAUUAUCACAAAUCGAUAACGAAACGCAAGCUAGCAAGUUUACGGUUGAAUACUUUGGCUUGAGGAACUUGUUUCAAACAGCUUUCGCAUUGUCACUAACAAGUGCUCGAGGUGCUGGGGCGCGAAGCAUCAGCCCAGGCUUCACCUACUAUCCAACAGUCGACAGGAGAACUGCCCCUGCAUUCAAUGUUAUGCUUAUAGUCGCACAAUUCCUGGAUUUCAAUAGCAAUUGGGACGAAACAGCAAUAAGAACAGUGCAGUGCUGUUAUGAUGCAAUCUUUGAACUCUACAGGAGAAAAAAAGCGUCGCCGAAAGAUAUCGCUUCGGAUGGGGCGUCACUAAUGCAUGAAAUGAGUCAAAUAGUACGUCGGGGUUCUCCUAUAAUCGCUGACGCGAGUUUACAAAUGAUGAUGAACCUGCUUGCAUGUGGUGUGCCAGUGACUACUUACGAUAGACAUGGAAAUACUCCAGCUAUAUCUUAUUUGUGUCGUGCGUACCGGCAGUAUCCAGAUGUAGCGUUGGCAAAGCGUCUUGUGCCAGAAUCAGAUACACCGCUGGUUCAAAAAGGUCGGAAAAUAUAUGGUGGUGUAACAAUUCUUCUAGCAUUUUUGGAGGAUUCAGAACUUGCUGAAGCUAGUGGAUGUGGACCGCUAAGCCUUGCGGCUCGAGCUGGUGACGAGAAGCUCGUCCAAGAACUUAUUGGGAGAUACCCCCCAUCCCUCGAAGAAACAGACGAUUUCGGGUAUACACCUCUACAUUUUGCUAUUAAGCACCCGCCAUGCCUUCGUUUGAUCGUAGAGGCAGGUGGGUCGUCAUUGCUCAAUAAAUACACAAUCGCAGACACACCACUUGCAUGCGCCUGCCAUUUCGGCUACAAAGUGUCGGCCCAGAUCCUUCUAGCUGCAGGCGCUCCCAUCGAUCACGAUUACAUCGACUGGAGCGACGAUUCUUGCCUCGACGACGUGCUGGUUGCUUUAAAGCAACGCAGAGGCGAGCUUAAACUCCUUGCAUUAGAGCAUCUAACGCAAGCAGAAGCUGAAAAUUUCGGGCUAUACGAAACAAAAGUCUUAGAUUACUACACAUUAGAAGUGCACGUAUUGCUGGUGGAGAAGGGGGUUUUUAUCUCUCCACAUCUGUACGACUUGUUUUAUGGUUCGGCCUACUUUAUAGAUCGUCCUACAAUACUCUAUUACGAUAAAUUAUGGGCUCUUGGUUUCCGAGAUGUCGACAGUUUCGACGGAUUUGGACAGGUACCUCUUACAUGGUGUAGCCAGGACGUGAGGAAGGUGCGAUGGCUGAUAGAGCACGGCGCUGACUACUGGACACCGUUGAAUGCACGGGCCAACCAAACCAAGACCAGUGAUAUAGCAGCCACACCAGCGCAUUUCCUCUUACGCUCGAUUGGGACUCUAUAUGACAACAAAAUUCAAAAUGAGGAUGAGGAUGAGAAUUACGAUGAGGAUGAGAAUUACGAUGAGGAUGAGGAUUACGAUGAGGAUGAGGAUUACGAUGAGCAAGUUAAGACGUGGCAGUGGUUUGUUGAUAAGCUGAUGCAAAUCCAAGUUAGGGACACCUGCUUCUGCCCAUGUUUUCGAGGUGGCUGCACUCCUCUCAAGGCAUUUUUCGAUUUUUACCGCAACCCCUUCAAUUCAAUUAGUAUACAAUCCUUCGCGCAAUGGUGUGCAGGGUUAACCGGGACCUUUCGAGACAGUUUCAGCGAAGAGGAUUUGAUAACAAUCCUCAGGCGCAUGACGUUUGAUGGAUUAGGGUUAACGCAUACGUGCUGCAAUUUUAAUCUGCCUAUUUGGAGAUAUCACAAGUCACUUCGUUCAUCCGAGGAGGUCGAAGAAAUCAUUUCGGAGCAAAGGUCCUUGUUAACUCGGUUUGACGAAGUGUUGGCUGAACUCGAUGAGGUCGCACAUGAGGACCAAGAUGGGGUGCCUCUAAUAGUUCAAGACCCCGAAGAGUUCUGGAUACGUCGUUGGCUCCCUCUGAUGGAGGAGAUAUUAGACGAGUUAGACGGCGACAAUCUUACCCCGGAAGAAAGGUCGACGGCCGAAGCUGUGGGUGUACAAUGGGACGUGCAACCAAUCCAAGACAAAGAGGAUGAGGAUGAUUGGACUCCAGAGGGUGUUAUGAAGAAAAUAAAGGCGAUUCUGGACAAAUAAUAAGAGUGGAAAUGUAAAGUCUAAAAAGAAAGUUCCCCAUCGAACCAGAUUGUAGGCAUUCGCAUACAGAACAGCUAUGAAAAGUAUUUAGGAGCACAACUCAGGUGUCAUAGACAACUAAAAGUAUGCAUCGCCCCAGCCUAACAGUCAACAGCUCAUUCGCUGAACUGAAGAGCCAUCCGGGAACAAUGUUUCCACGCUGCCUUGAGUCCUGUGGCAAGCUCUUCUCGCUCCCCGAUUGUCCAACAACGCCCUUGCCUCGUCCAUUCAACCUUAUGACCCCAAAUCCCCCCUGUGUGUUUCCUCUUUAGCCAUGGGUCUUCCUCACCACGGCACGUCAGUUAAUAGUGUCAACAAGAGAUCCGGGGCACUCACAUUCGGUUCCACCUCUAGUAGCUUGGAAGCGUUGCGCGACACGCGCCUUCAUGUAUUCGUUAACUGCAGAGGUCAUCAUUUGGCAGCCUCGAAGAAUGAACCGGUCAUAGCACCAGGAACAGUCGAGUAUGAAGGACGCUUCAUCUGUUCCAGCAGUUUCUUGUUCGACGUCGGCUACAAUGGUCAUGAUCAGAAUACCUUACUACACACACCAUCUCGCGUUUAUAGCCUUGGAAUUCAAGACCUGCUUACAUUCGAUGUAUUCCCAUUUCAUAUUCUGCCUUCUUCAUUGUAUUGCUAGAAACCGAAUAAACCGCCCUUUGAUACGCUCACUU